AUGAGCGACAUGAAUGAGGACUCGCUGCCUGUGCUGUUGAAUUCUAUUCAAUCGCGUCUUGUCUCAUCACAACGUCAAUUGAGCAUUGUGAACGCCCAAAUGAAAGGACGGGCACGCGAAGCCAAGCUCCAGGAGCUCACGAUGGAACAAUUGCAAGGUCUUGGCGAUCAGACACGCGUUUAUAAGGGCGUCGGAAAAUUAUUUAUUGAAGAAAAUUUUCAGAAUGCUGUGAGCGAAGCAGAAAAGCGGCGAACGGAAGCAUUGGAGGAGAACAGGAUGCUGGAGAAGAAAUGUGCUUUCUAUGAAAAGGAGGUGGCAGAGGCUCGAAAGCAUCUUCAGGAUCUUGUAAAAUCCAUGGAAAAAGCCUCAGUGGCUUAG